AAAAAAACACCAACAAACCCCUUCUAUUUUCUAUGACUCGGAGUCUAUAGAAGUCACACUUCUUAAUAUUUUUUUUUCUCACAUUUUGCAGUAAAUGUUUCAUCCAGUUGACUUAUUUGCAAGUCAGACUGCCGAUAAGGGCCAACCUGGGAACAUGAUGGGACCUCUGCUACUUCAUCUGCUUUUACAAGGUGUUCUACUGUAUGAUGCUGUGGGAUGGGAAGUGAGAAUCCCAAAGGAAAUUCACGGUCUCAGAGGUUCCUGUCUGGUCAUACCAUGUUCUUUCAGCUACACAUCAUACCCACCCAAUGACCCAAGUAGAGUUGUGUGGUAUCAGUGGGUCUCUAAAGGUUAUCCUUUAGUUUACGAUCCUUUGCAUGCAAACAAUGUCAUUGAUAAAUUCAAAGGUAAAACGGAUUUAUAUAGAAAAUCAGGUGAAUGCAGUCUGCUGAUUACCAGACUGGAACAGUCCCACCAUGGAGAGAAAAUAUAUGCAUGGAUUGACCCUGAAAAUGUUGGAUGGCGCACCUACGCAUUUUAUGAUGUCACCUCUACAGUUCUCGUUGAUGCAAGUCCACAGCAGCCUAGCAUCAGUAUUUAUGGAGGUGAGAGAAUGGGUGACGCCAUCACAGUAGGAUGUUCAACUUUCCACACGUGUCCAUACAGCAAACCAGCAAUCACUCUGAAUGGUGUAGAAGGAUCUGAUGAAGAAAAAGAUGAAUCUAUUAAAGAUGGCUUGUUGAAAAGAACUCUGACACGCAGAGGUGUGAUAAGGGCAGAAAGCUUGACUAUUAUGUGUUCAGUAACACAUUAUGGUGGCAUAAAAGCGACAGCUACAGAGGUCAAAAGGUCAAAAUGUUUUCAUAAUAAAAUAACGAUUGAGCCUGAACUGGCAGAUGUCACAGAGGGUGUCGCAAGGAGCUUCACUUGUAACGUCCAUCAUUCCUGCCAGAAAGAAAAUCCAACCAUCAUAUGGAACUAUAAGAACAUGCAGGUCACAACGGGGAACAAAAACAAUCAGACCAGCUAUUCCAGCAUAACCUUUCUGGGUGCAAAAGAAGAUCAUGGGAAGAAAUUGAUUUGCACUGCAAAAUUUUCUGGAGGAGACGUUUCAGCUUCUGUUGUUUUACGUGUACAACGUGAGUAAUUUAGUCUUUGUAAAUCUGUCUUUGUUUUCUAAUUAUUUUGAUUUCUACUUUUAUUUUUUAAAAGAUAUAAAGAACUAAAUGUCACAGUCUUCAGCUGGUGUGGCCUAAAUGGCCACCAGAGGACACUGUCUUUGUGAGAGCACAUUGUUUGUUGUGUGUUUGUUUGUGCCACGUGCUCUUCUGUCUAUUAUCUGACCCUGCCUAUCUUGUUACCUCAUUAUUGUUUCAGUGAUUCCAUCUGUGUCUCUCUCAUUACCCUCCGCGUUAGUCUCCCUAUUUAUUCUCUUUGUGUCUGCUGUCCUGUGCUGGUUUGUUAAUUGUUGACUGAUGUAUGAGUAUUGAUGUUGCUACCUGUUUGGUGCUGCUCUGCCUGAUCCUGCUUUGUUGUGUUGUGCCUUAUUUCUGACCUGCUUACUUAAACUAUAACACAUCUGGUUUAAUGUCACAGACAUUUAAAGGAAACUCUUUCGCCCUCUUGAGUAUUGAUGUGUGUUAACUGUGUUCACAUACUUGUGUAAAGUAUGCU